CUGUUUCUCUCUCUCUCUAGUAUUCUCAGAAAGGUGUCUCAGAGUUCUUGUUUACUCAACCUCUUCAAAAACCAUUUUAGUCACCCAGAUUUUCUCUCAUAACCCAAAAAAAUAAAGUUACAAUGAUUAAAAAAGCCACCACAGCCUUCAUAGCCAUAGCCACCUCUCUCUCCUUCCUCUUCCUUUCAUCCCCUCCAAAAUCCUCCUAUCAUAACCUACUCCUAUCCAUAUCAGACAAUACCUCAAUAUCACAACACCUCUUCACCCUCACUCGCCGGCCCCAUGUCGCCGGCUCCCAAGCAAACGCCGAAGCUGCAGCCUAUGUGCUAUCCACUCUUACUUCCUGCAACAUCCGCACGCACAUAGCAUCCUUUGAUGUGCUCCUCACUUACCCUGUUUCGCGUUCCUUGAUGCUAACGAGCCAACCACCAGACCCUCCCAUCUCACUUGAUCUCCAACAAAAAACCUAUGAUGGUGAUCCAUAUGCCGACGUAGCUAAUGAAGUUCUACCAACCUUUCACGGAUAUGCAAAAUCAGGUACCGUGUCUGGACCGGUAGUUUAUGUGAAUUAUGGGCGCGUGGAAGACUAUGCAACAUUGAAGGAAAUGGGAGUGAAUAUGUCCGGCACUGUUGCACUAGCAAAAUAUGGACAGAUAUUUAGAGGGGACAUUGUGGCGAAUGCUUAUGAUGCAGGUGCUGUAGGGGUAUUAAUCUAUACAGAUAGGAAGGACUACGGGGGCGGGGGAGGUAGUGCAAAGUGGUUUCCUGAUGACAAGUGGAUGCCGCCAAGUGGAGUCCAGGUGGGAUCAGUGUUUCGUGGGACUGGUGAUCCUACCACACCCGGUUGGCCUAGUUCCCGGGCAUGCGAGAGGCUAUCAGAUGAUGAGGUGGAACAAAGAGAUGAUGUUCCACACAUCCCUUCAUUGCCAGUGUCCUGGGCGAAUAGUGAUGCAAUCAUGAGAUCUAUAGGUGGGCCCAUAGCCAGUGAUGAUUGGCAAGGAGGCAUUGAUGCACCAGUUUACAGAGUUGGACCAGGACCUGGAAUUUUAGAGCUUAGUUAUAUGGGAAAACAAGUUAUAAGCACAAUUGAGAAUGUUAUUGGCAUUAUUGAAGGAGCAGAAGAACCUGACCGAUUUGUGAUUCUGGGUAACCAUCGGGAUGCAUGGACAUUUGGAGCUGUUGAUCCUAACAGUGGCACUGCAUCCAUGCUUGAGGUUGCACAAAGGCUAGGUAAGCUGCAGAAAAGAGGCUGGAAACCACGACGAACAAUUGUCUUUUGCAAUUGGGACGCUGAGGAGUAUGGCCUGAUAGGAUCUACAGAAUGGGUUGAAGAAAACAGGGAAAUGAUAGCUUCAAGAGUAGUUGCUUAUUUGAAUGUUGAUUCUGCAGUAGAUGAUGCAGGUUUCUACGCCUCUGCAACUCCACAGCUUGAUGAACUACUCAAACAAGCCGCCCAACAGGUUCAAGACCCAGAUAACUCAUCACAAACAAUCUACGACACCUGGUUUGGCUCUAGCAAUAAUUCCUUGAUUGGAAGGUUAGGAGGUGGGGGAUCAGAUUAUGCAGCCUUUGUACAACAUAUUGGUGUUCCCUCAGCUGAUAUGUCUUUUGGCAAAGGUUACCCAGUCUACCACUCAAUGUAUGACGACUUUAUCUGGAUGAAGAAAUUUGGUGACCCUUUGUUUCAUAGGCAUGUAGCAGUGGCAAGCAUUUGGGGUUUAGUAGCUCUCCGACUUGCAGAUGAGGAAUUUUUGCCUUUUGAUUAUCUCUCCUAUGCACAUGAGCUCCAGGGAAGUGCAGAAGAGUUAAAAGGUGAGGUAUCGAAUAAGGGCAUUAACGUUAUUCCCUUGUUCAAGUCUAUUGAGGAGCUCAGAAAGGCAGCCACCAAAAUAAAUAACCAGAGAAAGGCAAUGAAAGAAAACAACGGUUGGGCAAUGAUGUGGAAAAAGGACACUUGGAAAGUGAGAGAGUUGAAUGACAGAUUAAUGAUGGCAGAGCGAGCAUUCACAGAUAGAGAAGGAAUCUCUGGAAGGCCAUGGCACAAGCAUUUGAUUUAUGCGCCAUCAAACCACAAUGAUUAUGGAUCUAAAUCCUUCCCUGGGAUUGAUGAUGCAAUUGAAGACGCCAAGAGUCUUAACACAACAGAGUCCUGGCGUUUAGUACAACAUGAAGUUUGGAGAGUUUCUAGAGUUAUAACACAUGCAUCACUAGUCCUCAAUGGUGAAUUGACGUGAACAUGGCAAUGUAUCAACCUACAUGUUCGUUCAUAUAUUUCAAGUUAAGGUUUAAAGACCCAAAUUGCUUAUAUGUUCCACAAAUUCUAAUAAUACUAUAGCUUUUCUAGUAAGUUUUUCUCCAGAACAUUGAUAUGCCCCAGACCCUAAGACAAAAUUGUCAAACAAUUUACUGACAGCAAAGGGAAGUUCCAAGCAAAUUGUCAAGCAUGGACCAGAUCUGAACUUCCUUGGAUUGAUCCAGAACCCUGAUUGUUGGUCACAAAUUAAAUAAGUCGAAGGGUACAACCAAUAUGAAGAAGUGACAUUGUACAGAGUAACAAGUUUGACAAGUAAGGUGAACCAAUGGAUUUUUGAGAAAGGUGAUGAAGUGAAGGAUUGAUUUUACACUGUAUUGGAAGUUUAAAUAACCUUUUUUUCUUUAGGUAAAAAUCACACAUACCUUGGACAUAUGAUAAAAAUACACAAACACCUCUGACAUUUCUAAUAUAUUACUCAUUGACAUUUGGAAA